CACCGCGGUUCGGCUGAACCAUGGAGAUUGUGGGGAAACCAGCGCUUUCCCCACAUGUAUGCUGCACAUGGUAAGAAAAUUGCAGAUCCAUAGUGAAGAAACGGUAGGCAAAUGAAGUUUCUCCGUGGUAAUCGUCCCGUUUGUAUAAUGGCCAGGAGCGUUUGCGGGGACGGAACUGGGGAACCCUUGCUACAGCUUCCCCUCUCUCCACAUCUAUAAGACUUUCUUCUUAGCCACUGAAAUGUUUUGGAUUUGACUCUUUCUUCCCUCCUUAUUACCAACACACUCCAUUCUACAGAGAGUCAGAACCUCUUGCUACAACCGAUCGCUACAGGGUCAGCAUACACCACUCACCAUGGGCAUCCUCACUCUCCGCGAGGAUAGGCCAACGCCUCCGGCUGUCUACAACUGGCGAGUCUACUUCUGUGCGACAGUUGCAGCCUUUUGUGCUGUUAUGAUCGGAUAUGAUUCGGCUUUUAUCGGCGGCACAAUCGCACUCCCAUCUUUCAAGGAAGAGUUCAACUGGCAACAGUACAACAAGAGUCAGUCUGACACUGUGUCAGCCAACAUCGUCUCUACGUAUCAAGCUGGUGCAUUCUUCGGGGCCUUCGGAGCGUAUGUUGUCGGCCACUACUGGGGCCGCAAAAUUGGACUUCAGAUCUUUGGUGCAAUCUUCAUCCUUGGCUGUGGUUUGAUGCUGGGUGCCAACGGCAGCCGCGGACUUGGCCUGAUAUACGCUGGGAGAGCCUUAGCCGGAGUCGGCGUUGGAGGCGCUUCCAACUUGACCCCUAUUUACAUCUCGGAAUUGUCGCCACCAGCCAUCAGAGGUCGAUUGGUCGGCCUCUACGAACUCGGAUGGCAAGUCGGCGGACUUGUUGGCUUCUGGAUAAACUACGGAGUCCUCAACACUAUGCCCGCUAGCCACGAACAAUGGAUUGUUCCAUUUGCGAUCCAGCUUGUCCCAGCCGGCAUCAUGUUCUUUGGCCUGUUUUUCAUCAAAGAGUCUCCCCGCUGGCUCCUCGGCCGUGGCCAACGCGAACUAGCUCUUCGCAACCUAUGCUGGAUACGAAAUCUUGACUCUAAAGAUAUAUACAUCAUCGAAGAAGUUAGCGCCAUGGACACUGCGUUGGACCACCAAACGGCAACCGUCGGCCUAGGCUUCUGGCAACCAUUCAAAGUCCUUGGCCGCGACAAGAAGGUCCAGUAUCGCUUCUUUUUAGGAACUGCUCUAUUCUUCUGGCAGAAUGCAUCGGGAAUCAACGCAAUCAAUUAUUACAGCCCCGUUGUUUUCAAAAGCAUUGGUAUCGUUGGGACGAACACUGGCCUGUUCACUACUGGCAUCUUUGGCGUCAUCAAAACAGUUUUCACCUUCGUAUGGCUGUUGUUCCUUAUCGAUAAGAUGGGCCGACGCGAUCUCCUGAUGUAUGGAGCCUUCGGAGGCUCCCUCUGCUUGUGGUAUGUGGGAGCCUAUAUCGCUGUGGCCGAUCCAGCGAACCAUCCAACCCCUCAGUUAAGCAGUGGCGGCAUUAGUGCCAUGUUUUUCUUCUACCUUUGGACGGCAUUUUAUACACCAUCCUGGAAUGGUACCCCCUGGGUCUACAACUCCGAGAUGUUUCCCCAAGAUGUGCGGACACUCGGCCAGGCCUGUGCAGCUGGUAGCAACUGGUUCUGGAACUUCAUUGUUUCCCGCUUCACACCCCAAGCAUUCACAGCCAUGGGCUACGGAUUCUAUUUCUUCUUUGCUUCACUUAUGCUGUUCAGUGUUGUGUUCGUUUGGUUCCUUCUUCCUGAGACCAAGGGUGUCCCACUCGAAUCCAUGGACCGCCUAUUUAGCAAGGACUUGGAACCUAGAAAAGCUCACAAGGUCGUUAUGGCAGAACUAGAAAACGAGGUUGAGCAAUUUCGUCAGAAUUUGGAGGGGAGCAACAUCGACAUCAUGAAGGAUAAGGGCAUUACGCAUGUUGAGGAAGUUUAAUGCAAUUCCUUAGCUGCCAACUGCCAAAGCGGCAGGCACUGCUUCACAAUGUUGGUUUGCUUCACGGCUGGGUGGGGCCAAGUUUUGGCCUGCAGUCGUUUGUAUCAUUUGUUUCUGCAGGGUGGUGACGGCGUGUAGUGCCGUGUAGUGGAGUUUCUGAACAGUUAUUGCGUUUACGGUUGGGAUGUUAACUAUAAUGUGCAAGAUACCCCCAGGAGUACCAACUGCAGCCAUUGGGCCCUGGUGUACAGGAAGGAAAUAGGCCGCUAGUUCAUUUAUUUAAUUGGUAUAGAAAUGCCAAUGUUUAAAUUUG